AACACUUUGCGCCAUUUUCUGCAGAACACAUAAACCCCUAAAAGCUGGGUUCCAUGCGGGAUCAAUUUCUUCCUCCGUAGCGUCUUGUCUCCAUCCUCAUCAUUCUCCAUUGCAAAUUACUUCGCAAAAUCUCGAUACAGAUUAGAAGGAAUCCGAAAUGUCGUGGCUGAGAUUGGCAGUGAGCAAGGCGGUGGAGGUUGGGAACAAUAGCAACCUCACUCGCGUCGUCAAGAAUUAUGCCGACACCGUCGUUCACCACGCCGGCCAGGCCGUUGCCGAGGGUGCCAAAAUUCUCCAAGAUCGCAUUGGGGCACGGAAUUUCAGAAGUGUCAGGCAGACUAUACAAAGAUUGGAAGAAGCUGCUGUGUCUUGUAGGGGCCCUGAAAGAACUCUGUUGUUGAAAAGGUGGUUGGUUGUGCUUAAAGAGGUUAAAAAAUUAUCUGAUGUUACCUCUGAGGAGAAAGCAAAGACCCUGGAGCAACAUCUUGCUUUUGAAGAUGCAAAGGAGAGCCCGAGACAGCCUGCUAUUGUUUUAUAUUAUGACCCUGAUGUUGAAGGGGAACCAAUGAACUUUUGUGAUGUUUUUCUUCAAAGUCAAGCUCUGGAGGGAAUUACAUUAUCUAUGAUUCUUGAAGCACCAAAUGAGGAAGAAGUGUCUCUUCUCCAGGACAUGUUUGGAUUAUGUCUUAUUGGGGGGAAAGAAGUUCAUAAUGCAGUAGUUAGCAGCAUACAAGAUCUGGCAAAAUCCUUUUCCAGCUACGAGGAUGAAGUAUUGGUGAAGCGGGAGGAAUUGCUCCAAUUUGCACAAAGCGCGAUUUCAGGGUUGAAGAUUAGUGCUGAUCUUGGGAGAGUAGAUACUGAAUUGUCCAAUUUGAAGAAAAAACUAGAAGGAAUUUCAGCUUCUCAGAUGUCUGCAAAUGCAAGUUAUGGCAAUACACCAGAAGAAACCACCAUAGAAACAAUUGAGGCAUUGAAAGCAGCACUUUCACACAUACGAAUUUGUUCUAGAGUGGAAGGACUGCUGCUAAAGAAGAAAUUAUUAAACAAUGGAGAUUCUCCUGAAAUCCAUGCUCAAAAGAUUGAUAAAUUGAAAGUCUUGUCAGAGUCUCUUUCAAACUCCUCUGUGAAAGCUGAAAAGCGCAUUACAGAUCAUAGAUCGCAGAAAGAGGAAGCACUAAAUGUUCGUAUGACCAAAGCAAGUGAAGUUGGUGAAAAAGAGAAGGAACUAGCUACAGAAAUUGCAGAACUUGAAAGACAGAGAGAUGAUAUUGAAGCUCAAUUGAAAAAGGUUAAUAUCUCCUUGGCUGCUGCCCAUGCACGCCUGCGCAAUAUAGUGGAAGAGAGAGAGCAGUUUGAGGAGGCCAACAACAAGAUUGUCGCACAUAUAAAGACAAGGGAAGAUGAGCUGUUAAAAUCCAUUGCCUCGUGUAAGGCAGAAUCAAAUGUUUUGAAUAUGUGGAUUAAUUUUCUGGAAGAUACGUGGAAUAUCCAAUGCCUAUAUAGAGAAAAUAAGGAGAAGGAGGUUAAUGAUGCGUUGGAAAGACAUGAAGGUUACUUUGUCAAAUUGGCUAUUGAUCUUCUAUCUGCUUAUAAGAAAGAGUUGGAGCCGUCGAUCAGCCGUAUUGAAAAAUUUGUGGAGAACUUGAAAAAUUUGAGGCAGAGGUCAAAGGAAUCCGUGCUGGAGAAUGAUGAGUCAAAACUUCUAAGCCCUACAAAUAAUCUUGAAAAGGAAUAUUUAGGUUAUGAAGCCAAGAUUAUUACUACCUUUGGUGUUGUGGAUAACAUGAAAGAGCAGUUUUUGGCUCAACAAGCUGAAGUUUCCAGAAAAGAUGAUUCUAGGGUUCAAGAGUUGUUCGAUGAUAUUGAAAAACUACGUGAAAAAUUCGACUCUAUUGAGAGACCCAAUCUAGAAAUCGAAACUCCCCCUUCAAAAACAGAAGACGAAUCUAGUCAGGAGGUGCACAGUAGUGUUCCCCGAUCUCCAGUGGGAGAUAGCGAAGACUCAAAAAGUGAAACUCAUACGCAACCCGAAAUACCUGCUGCCAAGGUAGAGCAGACACUAGAUGCUGCAGCCGAGCUAGCAAAGCUGGAAUCAGAAUUCGGGAAAGUCGGUCAUGACUACUCGGCCGAAGACAUUGGUGAAUGGGAAUUCGACGAGCUCGAAAAGGAACUGAGAUCAGGUGACACAAAUAAUUAGCUACUGUCUGUCAUAUUAUAUACUCAUGAAUGAACCAACCUAACGUAUUAUGAAAAAGAAAAGGAGAUAGGGUUGCAUUUGGCAUCCCCCCAAAACUUUAAAAUUGGAUCAUAAUCUUUUCUUUGUAAUUGUUCUCUGUAUAUUUUGUGGUUUUUUAAUUUGUUCACUUGUAUAAAAAUUCUGGAACAUUUAUGUUGUAAUAUAUUAAAGCCAAGAAAGGAAACAGUCAAAUCAAAGACUUAA